AUGUUAAAGUAUUUGUAUUUAUUAGAUAAUUGCUGGCUUUACAAAAAUAGGAAUAGAAACUACUUUUGUCAAAUUAAGAAAACAGAAUAGUCUACCAAAGAGUGGUUUUGUAAUUAUAGAUGA